AUGAAGCGCGGAUUUCUGAAAACCGCAAAGGCGAAGAAGACGGAGGGUAUCGCGCUCCCGCCAGUCGCAUCGACUCCAGCUUCGCAACCUAUUAUCAUGUUACCUUAUGGGAAGGCUGAGACCGGUAACGUAGCCUCUGUCAUUGACUUUGUGCAACCUAACAGUGUAACAGUGCGGCCGACUGAGGGCGUUGUUUCCAAGAAAGCUUUCCGUCGCGAAACUUCUGGAGGCACCGUAGACUACAGCGACAACAUGAUCAUAGUCACUACUCUCCCACCGAUGAAUCGGGACGCUACACUGGAUGAUGAACCUGACAAUUGGACAGAGUGUGUCUUAGCUGGGCACAUCAAGCGUCGAAUCCUCAGCACCCCAGGAUUUCCGCGCCCCGUACAGAAAACUGCAGGCGGAAAGGUAAACCAUCGUGUUAGGCCUUCGUCGUUUGGUGGACUUGGGAUGUUCGCCGCGCGUCCCCUCCGCACUGGAGACCUCAUCAUCGCCGAGAGGCCUCUCCUGAUCUCACAGCGCAGUUUCGAAAUGACGGUUGGGUCUGGCAUGGAGGGUUUUACCCAGGCGGAGAUUAUCCAGGUCAAUGUGAAAGAGUGGGAGGAACUCCUUGACGUCGCAGUGAAGAGGAUGACUGACGAAAAUCGGAAAGCAUUCAUGGCGCUGGCGAACAGUCAUACUGAAGACGGGACUGGGCCUAUUCUGGGAAUCCUUCGCACCAAUGGAUACAAAGUACCAGGCUUGUACGAUGGUGACGAGGCCGACAACGCCAGGGCUUACGCUGCUGUUCUGAAUAUGAUGUCGAGGAUCAAUCACAGCUGUUCGCCCAAUACUACGUACAAUUUCGACAUGGCUUCCCUUUCCUUCGAGCUUAGAGCAGUUCACGACAUCAAACAAGGAGAAGAGCUGUUCACCUCGUACUGCGACCUUUUCAGAACCAAGACCGAGCGUGCUGAGGAGCUAGCACCCUACGGCAUUGUCUGCGCAUGUCCCGGGUGUGUCGGGGCAACCGAGGAAACGGAUUUGUUGCGCUCGGAGCUCGAAAAACGCAUCGAAGCAAUACGAGCUGACCACCACGCUUGGUUGAAGGAUCAUACACGCCCGAACAUACUCGCAGCCUCCCUCAAGCUGAUGGAAGAGAUCGAAAAAGAAGGUCUGGCCGAUGCUCCGUGGUUCGUCUUCCUGUUGGGGAUGGUUGCGAGCGUCUACUCGGUGUCCGGAGACACAGAUAGCGCGAUGAAGUACUUAGAACGGCUCAACAACCACUGGCAUUGCAUGGCAUACAUGGGGCGCUCACUGGAAGCUAACGGUUCGGGCAAAACUGGCGCUCAUCUGAAAACACUGCAGUCCAAUUCAAAGUCCCCAAAAUGA